AGUAAAGGUGCAGCCCUUGUGCGAGGGUCUGGGUGCGCGCGCGGUGUCUGGCCGGGUGCGCGUGCGCGCCGCUGCCUGCUUGCUUGCCUAAAGGCUGUUUGGUGGGUUUGACCGGCUAGCAGGCGCCAAGAAGCUGGAUCCCAGAUCUCAUAGAGACCAUCGCGGAAACUGAGAAACGAGUCAGAACGCCUUGGGACCUCAACAGGACUUCGAACUGCAGAGAUUAUUUCUCUUUAUUCAGAAGCAUAGAGUUGUUUUCUGAUUGCAAGAAGAUGUAUCUUUGGCUCUUUCUGAUUGUGUCAGCCCUGAUUUCUUCGACAAAUGCAGAUACUGAUGUAUCAGUGGAAAUCUGCAAUGUGUGCUCCUGCGUAUCAGUAGAGAAUGUGCUCUAUGUCAACUGUGAGAAGGUUUCAGUCUACAGACCAAACCAGCUGAAACCACCUUGGUCUCAUUUUUAUCAUCUUAAUUUCCAAAACAAUUUUUUAAAUAUCCUCUAUCCAAAUACAUUCGUGAAUUUUUCACAUGCAGUAUCUCUGCAUCUGGGAAAUAAUAAACUGCAGAACAUUGAGGGAGGAGCCUUUCUCGGGCUCAAUGCAUUAAAGCAGUUGCACUUGAACAACAAUGAAUUAAAGAUUCUCCGAGCUGACACUUUCCUUGGCAUAGAGAACUUGGAGUAUCUCCAGGCUGACUACAAUUUAAUCAAGUAUAUUGAACGAGGAGCCUUCAAUAAGCUCCACAAACUGAAAGUUCUCAUUCUUAAUGACAAUCUCAUUUCAUUCCUUCCUGAUAAUAUUUUUCGAUUCGCAUCUUUAACCCAUUUGGAUAUACGAGGAAACAGAAUCCAGAAACUCCCCUAUAUUGGAGUUCUUGAACAUAUUGGCCGGGUUGUUGAACUGCAGCUGGAAGAUAACCCUUGGAACUGUAGCUGUGAUUUGUUGCCUCUAAAGGCUUGGUUGGAGAAUAUGCCAUAUAAUAUUUACAUAGGAGAGGCUAUCUGUGAAACUCCCAGUGACUUAUAUGGAAGGCUUUUAAAGGAAACCAACAAGCAAGAAUUAUGUCCCAUGGGUACAGGAAGUGACUUUGAUGUACGCAUUCUGCCUCCAUCUCAACUGGAAAAUGGCUACACCACUCCCAAUGGUUACACUACUCAAACAACUUUGCACAGAUUAGUGACAAAACCACCCAAAACAACAAAUCCUUCCAAAAUCUCGGGAAUUGUGGCAGGCAAAGCCCUCUCCAACCGAAAUCUCAGUCAGAUUGUGUCGUACCAAACAAGAGUGCCUCCUCUUACACCUUGCCCGGCACCUUGUUUUUGUAAAACACAUCCUUCUGAUUUGGGAUUGAGUGUGAAUUGCCAAGAGAAAAAUAUACAGUCCAUGUCUGAACUGACACCAAAACCUUUAAAUGCUAAGAAGUUGCAUGUAAAUGGCAAUAACAUUAAAGAUGUGGACAUUUCAGACUUCACUGAGUUUGAAGGACUGGAUUUGCUCCAUUUAGGCAGCAAUCAGAUUAUGGUGAUCAAAGGAGAAGUAUUCCACAAUCUUACUAAUCUACGCAGGCUUUAUCUCAAUGGCAAUCAGAUUGAAAGGCUGUACCCUGAAAUAUUUUCAGGCCUUCAUAACCUGCAGUAUCUGUAUUUGGAAUACAACUUAAUUAAGGAAAUCUUAGCAGGCACCUUUGACUCCAUGCCUAAUUUGCAGCUACUGUACUUGAACAAUAAUCUCUUAAAGAGCCUGCCAGUUUACAUUUUUUCUGGAGCACCACUUGCGAGACUGAACCUGAGGAACAACAAAUUCAUGUACCUACCUGUCAGUGGAGUCCUAGAUCAGUUGCAGUCUCUUACACAAAUUGAUUUGGAAGGCAAUCCUUGGGACUGCACUUGUGACUUGGUAGCAUUAAAGCUGUGGUUGGAGAAGUUAAAUGAUGGCAUUGUUGUGAAAGAACUAAAAUGUGAGACUCCUGUACAGUUUGCCAACAUUGAAUUGAAGUCCCUCAAAAAUGAAAUCUUAUGUCCUAAACUCCUAAACAAGCCAUCUGCACCAUUCACAAGCCCUGCACCUGCAAUUACGUUCACCACUCCGUUGGGUCCUAUUAGAAGUCCUCCUGGGGGCCCAGUGCCUCUGUCUAUUUUAAUCUUAAGUAUCUUGGUGGUUCUUAUUUUAACUGUUUUUGUUGCAUUUUGCCUUCUUGUUUUUGUGCUAAGACGCAACAAGAAACCCACAGUGAAGCACGAAGGUCUAGGGAAUCCUGAAUGUGGCUCCAUGCAGCUGCAACUAAGGAAGCAUGACCACAAAACCAAUAAAAAAGAUGGACUGAGCACAGAAGCAUUCAUUCCACAAACCAUAGAACAGAUGAGCAAAAAUCACACCUGUGGCCUCAAAGAACCUGAAAUUGGGUUCAUGUUUUCAGAUACUUUGGGACAGAAGGUCAUGAUGAGAAAUGCUGCUGACAAAGACAAAGAUUUAUUGCAUGUAGAUACCAGGAAGAGACUGAGCACAAUUGAUGAGCUGGAUGAACUAUUUCCUAGCAGAGAUUCCAAUGUGUUUAUUCAGAAUUUUCUUGAAAGCAAAAAGGAGUAUAACAGCAUUGGUGUCAGCGGCUUUGAAAUUCGCUAUCCAGAAAAACAACAAGAUAAAAAAUCCAAGAAGUCACUGAUAGGUGGUAACCACAGUAAAAUUGUUGUGGAACAAAGAAAGAGUGAGUAUUUUGAACUGAAGGCAAAACUUCAGAGUUCCCCUGACUACCUACAGGUUCUGGAAGAGCAAACAGCUUUGAAUAAGAUAUAGGUCAUAUAAUCUGACUUCAUACAGAGGACAUUAUUUAAUGAUGAAAGUGCCUUUUGUUGACUUCUAAUUUCCAAAUAAUAUAUUAUCAUUAGGCAUAGAGGCAGGUGUUUCCAAGGGUAUCUCAUUAACCGUAGCUGUAAAGAUGUGUCAAGUAAAAAAGAAUUUCCUUAAUAGAUUUUACUACAUAAAACCUAUACUGUGGAGUCCUGUGGGGAUACUGCAAACUCUAUUGCCAAAGGGAUGCUUUAUAAAUAUAAUACACUGAAUUUAACCUCAAGAGGCAAAUCAGUUUUGUACCCUGAUGCAAAACCUUCGUUGCUUUGUGCUUUUAAAGCAAACUCAAGAAAACUGGUACCAGUGUUUGUACCUCAGCUGGGUUCUUCAUCUUGCAUGUAGAUUAAGUCGACGAAACUGGAAUAACCCUUUUGAUUUGUGGCAUUGUAACAACUCUGUGUAAAGAUUAUUUGAAAAGUGUGAAAAACAAAUAAGCAUGCAAAGAGAGAACAUUUGAUAGUAUUUGUAAAUCGGUAAAAUUUAUGGCCUGCAUCUUGAAAACGCUGGAUUUGUAAUGUUAAAUUGUGGAAAUACUUGUUUAAAAUAUACCAUGCAUUACAUAACUAUAAAAUAAAUUCGAAUACUUUACAUCUUACCUGUCUAUACAUAAAAACUUAAAGGAGAAAAAAAUAAAUGUGAGUUACAUAGCAUUUGUGGUGAUCUAGAGAAAAACAUGAUGUUUAUCAUAAUUAAACAUGGCUCAAAUUAAACUAGAUUUUGUUCUCAGUGUUGUCAAAUACCCACAAUCCUUAAAGGUUGUCCAAAAUUAGCAAAGUGCUUACCGUGUGAGCGCACCCAAAGCUAUUUUUGUAACAUAAUUCAUAUUUAUGAAGUACUUUGUAUACUAAAUAGGAAAACAUGUACUCCUUAAUAUGUAUUUAAUAUGCCUGACUUAUUCUCCUGAUCAUAGCAAAUUUAUCAGUAAGUGUAAAUUUAGGUAAGAUAAAGAAAUACUAAAGUGAAACUGAAGCUAAUGUGUAUAGAAAUAUUUUGGAUUCUGUGAUCAGGUAUAAUUUAAAAGCAGAAAAAAAUACAAAAAAAACCCCACAAAAAUUAAAAAAAAAGUUCUGUGCAAUUCUUGUGAAUUUAGCAUAUUAUCUUCAGAUUUGUUACCAACUGUGCAUUUUAAAAUAGGCUCCUUAGUUUUAUAGUAGUGUGUCUGGGGCAGUUGUUAUUUGCCAUCAAUUGUCUUGCUUUUCAGUAUUCUAUGAGCUUAGUUCAAAUAGUUUUAAUUACAAUAUUUAACAAAUUAAUGACUAAGGUAAAUAGUAUCUUGUAUGCAUAAGUAUACUGUUCUUUCAUCCAUCUGACUACUAUCAGACAAUCUAGUAGAACUGUAAACAUCAUGGUAAUCUUGGCUAACAAAGCCACACUAAAAUGCUUGCAAUGGGCUCAGAUGAAUUCAUGAUCUACAACUACAACUGACAUGCCCCUUUGUUUGCGUGUGCUUUUAAGUUCUAGAUCAGAAUUGGUCAAAUAAUUGAAGUAUUUGUUAACGGGUUGAUAACUGAAGAUGUUUAGGAAGUCUAAUUAGCAAAUCAAUAUUCAGAGACUUAUUGCUUUCUUGGCCAGCUGUGUGUGUGUGUGUGUGUGUGUGUGUGUGUGUGUGUGUGUGUGUGUUUGGUGUGAUGUGGUGUGAUAAAUUGAUAAAUUAAUUAUUCAGUAAGGUAGCCAAGAAGGCAAAUGGGCAGAUGUUUUUUGUGCAGCUUCCAAAAGUAUAUUGCAGUUAAGCUUGUAACAGUAAUCCCUUUAUUAAAUACUAAUUUGAAGAUUUUAUGGGUUUGUUCAAAAAUUUUUAAAGAUAAACUUGAUUUUACUACAGGACUAUGUAUAUUUAUGUCUGUGUGUGCGUGUGUGUGCGUGUGUGUGUGUGUGUGUGUGUGCGUGUGUGUGUGUGUGUGUGUGUGUGUGCGUGUGUGUGUGGGUGUACAUGCAUGUGUGUUUGGGUAUAUAUUCACACAUAUAGAUGAUUUGGACAUUUUGUUUUAGAUAGAAAAUAAAAUUCUCCCUAUGUAUAUGCUGGUGCUCUUAAAACUUUAACGUGUAAUUUUCAGUUUCAUGACAAUGUCUGUGAAUACUUUAUAUGAAUAUAAAUACAUCCAAACAGAUAAUUGCUUUCUGAUCUUGAAAGAAAAGAAGUGUGUUAAAACGCUAAUUUCCAUUUGCAGUUUCAUGAGGACAUUUAAUAUGCCAUUUACAUUCAUGCAUGCAUCCAUGGAUUAAAGGGCUCCUAAUGCACACUGACAGGAUAAAGACACAAAGGCCUCUAAGGAAAUGUUUUUGUUUAUCCCAUCAGUAAAGUGUGGAUACAGAAAUCUUAAAUGAACACUUAUAUGAGGAACCAGAAAGUUCCAUGCAUAAGCUGAAGCUAACAGGUCCUUGUGAUUGUGUAUUUUUAUUCAGUGAGGUGAUGUUUGGAAGAUGUUUCAAGGUUUCUGCAGGACUGUCAAUAGCAAGAGUACCUGCCACCAUCUUAGGCAUUGCUAAGCUUGCUGUAGUAUAUUAGCUUCCCCACACUCUUCUGCUGAAAGAUAAAAAUGUUCAAAGAAUAUUGAGAUAAAAUAGUUUAAUUGUAUGUGGUUGUUUGGAGGUUCUAAUUGUAAAUGAAAGUAACAAAUCCUUGGUUAAGGCUAAUAUACUUCCUUAACUGAAGUCAUUGUGCCUACAUUAUAUAGUGUAUUCUAUUUUGCACCUGUCUUUCAUUAGUUCUUGUAUCUUUUAUGAUACUGUAGUUAGUUAUAAAUUCUGAGUUGAGUACCAGAGCAGUUAAAAUACUGUAUGUACAUUUUGUUGACUUCAACUAUAAUCUUGAUGUUAGUUUACCCUGUGAAGUAUGAUAUGUACAUGGAAAAACAUUUUUUAGAAAGACUUUGAUUCAAAUCUUAAAAAGCCAAGAAGUGAUAAUUUCUAAAGUGAGAUCAUGACCCUCUUGGCAUGAUUUUCUUGUGUAUGGACUGUAUUAGAACAGUUUCAGAGAAAACUAGAUCUUAUGAAAUCAGUGAAGGGGUGACAUAAUAUAUUGUGUCAGUGUAAUAUAAAUCAAGAUUUAAAUUAUUUUUUUAUGAAAUCAAUAAAAAUGAUUCAAUUGUUUAAAAGUUAAUCUUUGUGUAAUUUUAUGAGAAAUCAGCUAUUAAAGUACAGUGAUUCAAAUAUAUGAGACAAUUUAUAUCUAUACUUAAUUUUCCAUUCUAAAUAACAGUAUCAACACAUAUAUUAUUUAGAAAGUUAUUGAAGACCAUUAUCAUUUGUUGCUUUUCAUAAACAUUUUGUUUUGUACAACAUAAGGAUGCAUAAAUAUUAAAAGGCAUGGCCUCAUGAGUAAUGGCACAGGUAUUUCAGAAAUAUCAGAGUCAAUCUAGAAGUAUAUGGUGAUAAUAUUACUCUACAAUAUAAUUUGCAUGACUUUUACAUAGAUAAUACAUCAAAUGAGCACAGUGAGAUUGUCUUUUCUUUUCUUUUCUUUAAUUUUCUUUCUUUCUUCCUUUCCUUCUUUCUUUCCUUCUUUCUUUCUUUCUUUCUUUCUCUUUCUUUCUUUCUUUCUUUCUUUCUUUCUUUCUUUCUUUCUUUCUUUCUUUCUUUCUUUCAUUUUUUUGUUAUUGUUGCAUCCAAAGAGUUAGGGAGAAAUAUAUUGAGAAUGUAUUUAUAGUUACUAUUUUGAAAUAAAAUAAAUAAUCUAUAUUAUAUUGAUUUUACUUGAUUUGAUUAUUUCUAUAAAAUCAAGUAAUGCUAUAAAAGCUAAUGUAAAUCACAGCAAAAAAUCAUUUUAUUGAAUUUUGUUUUCUUUGAAUUACACCAAAAUUUUAGAAUUUAUUAAAUGCCAUUUUUUUUUCAGGAAGCAUUAACAAAAUUGUUUGGUCCAGUGUUAUUUCUGAAACAGCAGUUUGCUACGUAUAUGUAUCUUUUCAGAAAUAUGAAACAGUAACCAAACUGAUUAUUUUCACUCAAAUUUGAAGGUAAGAUAUAUAGCUUUAUAAAACUGUUUACACUCAACUUAAUUGUUAAGCCUCUGUUAAAAUUGCUUUAUUUACGAACAUAAUUAUAAUCUGUAUUCUUUUGUUGUGGCAGUCACUUAAAGAAACAGUUGUCACACAGUUUCAAAAUCAAUGAACUUUGGUCUUUUUGAUUCUCACUCAUCAUCUGGAAACUAAUAUAACUUCAAAUUAGCAAAUACUAGUAUCUAGUCUGAAAUAUCAACAUAUUUUUAGAGAAACUUGAGAACUUUUACAUGUCAAAGCAAACUUGACUAAUUUCAAGUUACUGUGGUAAAUGCUUUUUUUUUUUUUCACACGGUUUAUUUUAAAGCAACCAAAAGAAUUAGUCAGUAGCAUGAUGCAUUUUCUAUGGUUAAAAAAAUGAACCAAUUACAUUAUAGUUAAAUUGAGAACAGAAAGAAAAUAUCAAAAGCCUGCAUUUAUCAUAAGGUUGUUAAAAAUCAUGUAUCACUAAUUUACAUGAAAGAGUGCACAGAAGUAUAAUAAAUUAAGAUUUCUGUGGCUUUACAACUAUACAUAAACUGUGCUGAAA